AUGCAGUCUAGUCGUAAUUACAUUGUAUUGCCUAGUGCUAUACGCAAGGUUGGUUGCGCUCGUUAUCACCUAAAUCGGACGAGGCGUGAUUCGUACAACAACAAGCGGGUAAAGUACUACGAUCAGAAACUGUGCCAAACUCUCAUCAAGAUCUUCCACGAACAUCGUCUCAGCAGCGUCGAGAUCAAGAAACUUAUCAAUACCCCUGAGAAGCUCAGCGAUAAGAACUCCAUAUUCAAGAUGAUUUGGAGUCGAGAACGUGUCCUCGGCAUGCUGCUUCUAAAGAGAACCAAGCUCUCGCUCCUGUGGAUCGCAGUCGUAAGCAACUACCAGGAUUCAGCCGAGCUGCUCGUUAGCUCUGGCGCCGACGUCAAUGAGUUCUACGGACUGCCGAGCUCGUCCUACGAGCUCACCAAGAAAUCGACAAUUCUGCACGCACUCCUCAAGAUGUACCCCUCUGCGUGGAACGAGCAAUUCAUCGAUAUGGUGAUGAACCAUGGCGCUGAUGUAAACGCUCGAGAAUUCGAUCGCCAGUCUUCUCUGCAUCGGGCCGUACAAAAUGGCCGAGUCAAGGCGGUUAAAAAGCUCCUCGAAAGAGGAGCCGAGGUCAACACUACUCGCAUCGUCGGCAUAACACCACUACUCGACGCAGCCCGCACUAACGAAGCUGACGAAUUGCUGCCCUUGCUGAUGAGUUACGGAGCUAAUAUCAACGUCACAGAUACUAACGGUUUCAACGUCUUACGUUGCUUGACAUUGUGCCCAGAUAAGGAACACGUCGAUCUGGCCAGAUUAUUAAUUCAGAAGGGCGUCUCACCUCGUGAGGUACUCGUGGACGCGUACGAGUCGAUACAUUGCGCCGCCAAGAGAGGAAGGAUAGAUCUGGUCAAUCUCUUGUUGGACCAUGGCGCUAACGUCAAUGCGCUAGGAUUGAACAACCAAUCUCCGCUGUACUUUGUCGCUCAAUAA